GCAGCAGACUACAUCCAUGCCCCUUCAUUUGCCGGUGCUCUCGUUGACGCUCAGUUCAGUCGGUGGCCAACUGUUCGGGUGUGGUGGACUUUAUUUCUCUCUCUGCUCUCUGCUCUCCUCUGCCAGCCAGCCAUUCCCUGCCUAGCUGCGUUCACUCUACGGAAAUCAACUAUCUCUAUACCUGUAUAACUGUAAUUCAGCAGCGUGACGUCACUUUCGAUUGUGCUCCCCUCCCCGAAAUCCACCCCCAAAAGAAAAUUUUGGUUUGCUCGCCCAUCCUCCCCCAACACCGCCAUUACAGUCCGAGACGCUCUGCCACAUUUUCUUGUUGAAAAUUUUUUGUCAUCCAGUGACCCUGUCGUGUGUGUGUGUGUGGAUUAUUUCGUGGGUGCGAGAAAAUUAUCGACAAAAAUCGACGGUGCGAGUCGGACAAUUUUUUCGGGGUUGUAAAACCCUCUUCGUCAGCUGAUCUCCAUUUGGAGAGAGAACCGAAAAAUUUCCAGUGAUUUUUGUUCGCGGGAGUAUGCCGAGCUCUGGAUUGAUGCAAUUAAGCAACGGCAGCGGCAAUAGCAACGGAGUCGUCGUAAUCAGCAACAACAACAGGAUAGACGGUACUCUUAGCCAGAGUAUGGAUUCAGUCAACCCGGUAGCCGCCGAAGAAGAGGGCGUUUUUGGAUUCUGAUUGAAACAACUCUGAAUUUUCAAAACAGUGUCUACAAAUGGAUGUCCCACGUAUUCAGAUCAAAGAAGAAAAAGAGAAGGAUGAUGGUUUUAUUUCAUUAAAGGACAUUGAAAUAUGUAAUAGACUAAUAGUGAAACCGGAGAUACAUGAAAACGAAAGAAAAACGGAAAAAAAACAAGAAGCGAAGGAAAAUCGGGAAAAACCAGAAGUGAAAGAACCGAGAAGAAUAGCUGAUAAGAAAUAUCGGGAAAAACCAGAAGUGAAAGAACCGAGAAGAAUAGCUGAUAAGAAAUAUCGGGAAAAACCAGAAGUGAAAGAACAGAGAAGAAUAGCUGAUAAGAAAUAUCGGGAAAAACCAGAAGUGAAAGAACAGAAAAGAAUAGCUAAUAAGAAAAAUCGGGAAAAACCAGAAGUGAAAGAACAGAGAAGAAUAGCUAAAAAGAAAUAUCGGGAAAAACCAGAAGUGAAAGAACAGAGAAGAAUAGCUAAAAAGAAAUAUCGGGAAAAACCAGAAGUGAAAGAACAGAGAAGAAUAGCUGAUAAGAAAAAUCGGGAAAAACAAGAAGCGAAAGAAAAUAUGCAAGAGCAACAUCAACUUCAGCAGAUUAAUGUUCCUGUAGCAGCUGUACCUGAAAUAAUCCAACAACAAGCUGCUCCUGUGGCUGGUGCUGCUCCAGCAAAUCCUGCUCGCGAAAGACAAGUUAUUUGGCAGGGUGUCCUAGAGUGGCAGGAGAAGACUCGUGAUCCGCAAAUACUUCGUCAUGUCCCUUGUCAGGUUUCGGCAACCGUCACCAACGGCGAGAGCGAAGUGAAAGCAGAACACUGGCCGCAAAAGCUUCUAAUGCAGCUAAUACCUAAAACAUUAAUAAGUCAUUUCGGCUUCGCUCACUUCCGGAAUGCGCGUUCUGUAAUGUUCCAUCCUCAGGAAUGUGAGGCACUAGAAUCUCUAGCUCAAAUGAUGUCAACUGGAUACGCUGGUUGUGUGUACUUCAAAGAUGUGGUUAAUCCUAAUUCUAGUGAGAUUGAAGUGUUGCUGCUUUACAGUCUGUUUUACAGUCCAGACAAGGAAGCGUACAUUGGCUUUAUACCUAACGAUCAAGCAGCUUUUCUCGACCAGUUUCAGAAGUUUAUAAUACAGCAGAAAAGCAAACAAGUACAGCAGCCACCUGGUCCCGGACAAGCAGGUCAAAAUCCAAAUAUUCCCAAACAAGGUGGGCAAAACUUAAUGGUAAUUCACUUUGCUAAAUCUAAAUUUAAGACGAAAUACCGUUGCUAG